GGCAAGAAAAGGGGCAAUUACUUUAUUGCCAUAUUUUCAUGGUUCUGCUAUUCUGCACUGAUUCCAACCCAACCUCCCCUCAGUCCCCUUCUAUGGCAAUCCACUCCCCUCCAACCCCGCUUUCAUCUAUUCAACCAACUCACAUAUCUAUAUUCCUUUAUAUACCCAUAGUUGUUCAUAUCUUUGAAGUCCCAUGAAUGGAAAUUUCAAGCUCCAAGUUUCUUGAACCUCCACCACCCCUUUUCCUCUCUCAAAUGGUAAUUAGGAAUAAGGAUUUCAAUUGGCAAUAUUCACCUCAUCCUCUAAAUUCCCUCAUUGCAACACACCUGCAUUUUGUUUAUUCUUUCUUUAGCUUAAUUUGUUAGACUUUUCUGUAUAUUUGGGUGUUUUAGUAAUCACUACCUCCAUUUGUGUCCACUUUCUUUUUCUUGGGUUCAUAUGGUUUGUUUUCAUGACACCCAGGAAGAAAGACUGGAAGGUUACAAUAAUGGGAACCCAUUCUUGGAAAGGUUUCCAAUAGCAGCAACUCAGAGGAGUCAAUUAACAAAGAAAAGUGUGGAGGCUGCACCUUCAACCCCUGGGAGGCCCAUUUUCAGCUUCAGUGUUGGGAAUUUUUCCAGAAAAUCUGUCCCUUCAAAGUGGGAUGAUGCAGAGAAGUGGGUUGUUAAUGGAAGCUCUUGCCAUGAUUCCCCCUCUACUGCUCACCAUCAUGGAUUCAAGCCACCAGAGUGGUUGAGAUCCUCUAAGCACUGUAAUGGGGUUAAGCCCCAAGAAGCAGCUGGAGAGCCAGAAGAUGGUGAUGAUGAAAUGCAUUCCUACAUGGCAUCAGAUGGAAAAUCCUCCAAACCAGAUGUGCUUUUUAAAGACAAGUUCACCAGAGAACUAGGAAGUAUCAAAGACAAGCCCAUGAACUGUUGUGCAACAUCAGAGGUUGUUCAUCCUGAGGUUGUCAAUCUGAGAGACAUAGGAACAUCAAUGACGCCUAUCGCCAGUUUGGCUCCAUCGAAAUGCCACACUCCGGUCAUGAUCCUAUCGCCAGCAGGACACAACACACCUGCCGAUCGGUCCGGACCGCUUGGUCCAUCAAACUCAAGCUCUGCCAGCACAACACAUAUAAUGAUGCAAUUACAGGAAAGCCAUUUGGCAAAACUACAGCUCGGGAUGAUGCAUCAGGAUUCGACCCUGACAUUGAAUUGGAGCACCAGGGAAGAGGAGGAAGAUGACGUAUCGAAGAGCUUGAGACACUUCGAGGCGAGCAACGAAUGUCAGGGAGUUAGCAUACCCAAGCCUAGAGAAGCUUGGGAUGAAGAGGCUUCUAAGUGUUGCCUAAGAUAUCAGAGAGAAGAGGCCCAAAUUCAGGCAUGGGUGAACCUCCAAAUAGCAAAGGCAGAAGCUCAGUCCAAAAAGCUAGAGGUUUAAUAUUCUACUUUCUGACCCUUGUUACUAGAACUUCUCUGUUCUUGAUAAAUGAGGUAAAAAGUGUCAAAUAAUGCAUUGUUUGAUGACAUUAUUAAGGUGAAAAUACAAAGGAUGAUAUCCAAAAAGGAAGAGAAGUUGAUGAAGAGGAUGGCAAUAGUUCAAAGGAAGGCAGAAGAACUGAGGAGUGCAGCACAGCUUCAACAUUCUGAGCAGAUGCAGAAGGUGAGUGAAAGGGCGAAGAAGACGACGGCCAACCGCUUGCGGCCGCCGCUGAACAUUGAUAUGUCGCCAUCUUCCCGGGGUGGCCCGACUUGCUGCAGUUGUUUUCCUUGCAACAGCCAUUAUUACUUGUAGCAGUGUAUAGUUGCAGUCUUACUGCAUGUGUUAGUUGUUCUAUCCUUUCCUGUCCUAUGGUCAAUUUGCAAUCAGUGAUACAUUCUUUCAAUGCCCCCCAAGAAUCUUCGGUAUGCUUGGACCACAGGGGCAAUAAUAGGAGAUCUUGAUCUAGUAACUACAUACAGUCAUAUUAUUAUUGACCCAAGUUUGGUUUGUAGGCUGUAGCCUCUUUUAUAAAAACUUGAAAAUUUU